UAGGAUUUCAAACAACCAAUAUUGUUAAAUAUCCUCACUGCCGAAUCAAAAUGUCGCAAAGUGAAGCUGUGUGGCAGUCGAUUGCUCGACGAAAGAAGCAGGAGCAAUCGAACCUGAUCCCCAAAGACUGGACGCCCAAGACUCGGCCAACAGCCAACCGCAAUGAUGUACUAGCCGUACCUCGAGAAUGCGGUCUUCUGAGCGACCAAGAGAUUCAGAUUACAGAGAAUCAUGAUGCUACAACUUUGGUCAAAGAACUUGCAGCGAGAAGAUUGAAGAGCGUCGAUGUUGUCACUGCAUUCUGCAAGCGAGCGGCAAUUGCUCAACAAUUGACCAGCUGUCUUACCGAGAUCAUGUUCGGAGAAGCUAUCGUCAGGGCAAAACAGCUGGAUGAACACCUCGAGCGGACGGGCAAACCCAUUGGACCUCUACACGGCCUACCCAUAUCUGUCAAAGACUCCUUCAAGAUUGUGGGCAAAGAUGCGUCCAUCGGUUAUGCGUCACUAUGCUUCAAGCCCGCAGAGACCAAUUCGGCAUUGGUGGAAAUGUUGCUUCAAGCUGGAGCUGUUAUCCACUGCAAGACCAACAUCCCACUUACGCUCCAAGCGUUGGACUCGCACAACAACGUCUUCGGCCGUGUGCUAAAUCCUGCAAACUUGAAACUCACUGCUGGCGGUAGUUCAGGUGGAGAAGGUGCACUUGUCGCAAUGCGCGGUAGUGUGCUGGGAGUGGGCACAGACGUGGGAGGAAGCAUUCGCAUACCGGCUAUGUGCAAUGGACUUGUGGGCGUCAAGCCUAGCCAUGGGCGCAUACCUUAUAGCGGACAAGAGAACGGUAGCUUGCCGGGCACGGAAGCUCUUGGGAUCAGAUCUGUUGCUGGCCCGAUUGCUCACACUGUGAGAGAUUGCGAAUUGUUCUUCAAAGCCAUCGGAGAUCAGGAGCCGUGGGUAUUCGACCCCGAGUGCAUUCCUCAGACUUGGGAGCAACAGAUUGUACGCAGUGCUCUCAGGACACCAUCACUCUCCGACCACAUGAGAAGGUUGAGAGUAGGCAUUGUAAAGACUGACGGCAUCACGACGCCACUUCCACCUAUCCAAGCAGUCAUGGAAGAAAUCUCCAACACGUUGAAGAGAAAUGCUGCUAUCGAAGUCAUAGAACUGGACAUCACCUCUUUGCUCUCACAAUGCCAAACUAUCGCCAACGGGUUGUUUGGAGUCGACGGCGCAAACACUGCAUUCGACCUCAUGGAAGCGACCUCUGAACCGAUUUCACCGUGGCUCAGUAAGCGCCUGCGCCGUAAGGCAAAUCUCACGGCGGAGAAGAUACGAGAUCUUCAAGCACGACGAAACGCACUGCAAACACGCUUCCUGGACAUUUGGAGAUCAGGUGGUGGUUAUUGGAAGGAUGACACAGGAAGCGCCAGGAAGCUGGAUGUCUUCAUCUGUCCGAUCGCGCCUCAUCCUACGCCCGCAGUAGAUUCCUGGAAUACCGUCUCAUAUACUUCAUCGUUCAACUUACUCAACUAUCCAGCGGCAACACUGCCUAUCCGUCCAGUCCGAGUCUCGGAUCUCAAUGGCAAUCUUUCCGAUCAGUCGGCGGCACCGAAUGGUUGGGAGAAGUAUAAUCGCAAGCUCUGGGAUGGUGAUCGUAGUGUUUUCCUCGGCGGCACGUUGUGUGUGCAGGUCAUUUCCCAGUGCAGGCAAGAGAGAGUGUUGUUGCAGGCGAUGACAAAAUUAAAAGACUCGCUUGCGGUACUGAAGGAGGAUAAAGCGGUGAAACCAAGGUUGUAGACAUGACUGGUAGAGAGCGGAUAGCAGCAGCAUGAGUGUUGAAGGAACUUGAAAAGCCUCUGUCCUCGACGGCUGACGGCAGUGGAGGCGGCAUAUUGCAGCUAUUGAACAGCACAUAUAUGCAAGAGUUGCAUAUCAAUCAAUGGUUCCUCAUGCAGAAGCGGCUUCAG